AGGAUGGCCCUACAGCCCAUGCCCACAGUAGGACAGCCCUAGGAACAGGACACGUGAGCAACUCUGAAAAGCACAGCAGCAAGCCAAGAGGCCACCAGGAGUACCAAAGCUCUUCUUCUAGAACUCCCGAGGCGGGGUGUCUUGCAGAAACACACUGUCAAGGAAGGACUUCCAGAGACCUUCCUGUGUCUUGGCAGCCACAGCUUCGCCAAGAGGCUUAGUCCAUGUCCAUAAGGAGGACUGUCUUUAGCUGCGGACCCGGCUAAGAUUGAGAGGAGGACUGUACUAAAUUCUUCAGGAGAAACAAAGAACCUAGGUAGUAUGCAGCUCAGCAGUGGCCAUCGGUGGCUUCUGUCAUUAGCCGUAAAGUCUCUGUGUGAUCCUCUCUUGCACUUCUUUCCUCUGCCUGCUGUGAACUCCGCUGCUGAAGAACAGGGGGCUGGAGAGAGGAAACGCCCGCCCACAUAGCGGCUGAGAUGAGUGGACUCCCUUAAGCAUCUGACAUGACUCAGAGGUGGGGGCACAUAUGCGACAGGCUCUCUUCUCUCAGGAAGUGUGCUUCUGCAAGAUGACAGACCUGAUGCACACACCCUGAAGCCCACUCUGUGUGCCAGCUGCCAGCCCAGGCUACACUCGUGGAAACCAAGAAGCCACCACUGGACCAGGAGAUGCAUGCAUGACUAUGGGACCUCCCAUCCUGUCUUAGUUAGGGUUUUACUGCUGUGAACAGACACCAUGACCAAGGUUUUUAAGUCAACCCUCCUUAGCAUGGUCCUCUCAGCCCCAAAGUGGUAGAGACCACAUCUACUGGAGCAGAGGACAGCAGGAGGGCAGUGGCUCCCUGUGUCCCAGGGAUCAGGAAGAAGUGGAGGUCAGAAGAAUGGCUCAGGCUCACAGUCUGCCCAUUCAUGUGAGAGAGAGUCCAUGGGAAGUUGCCAGAAGGACAGAGCAUGUGAUGAAGAAUGCCCUUUGGGAAGCAGAGCUGAGAAUGCCGACUCCUGCUAAGUGGCAGGACAUGACCUUGGAAAGCUGGAAGCAGCCAAGGAAGUUAGGGAGGCAAGCGUCUGAUGGUGAUGGACAGAAAAGAUCCCAGGAAAGGUUCGAGGAUCUGUACCAGUUUGUCCAUGGAGAGCACAUGCUGACAUCUCAGAACAGAAAGAAAUCCCAGUCACUGCCCCGAGCUCUUUCCCCCAAGAGCCUGAAUUUCACAGAAAUUCCUGUUCCACUACAUGAUGGUCACAUAACAGGUGUCCCAAAAGUGCCACCAUACCCUCCCAGCUGCCCACCGCCUUUGGAACCCACAAGGAACCUUGAGAAGACUAGUUCCUCAGGCCCUUUUCCCAGGCCUAAGUUUGGGAAACCCCUUAAGACUCCAUGCCAUGGCUCACAACCACAGCCCAGGGGAGAAGGUGGGUUUCAGGACCACCAGCACAGGGACCCACGUGGCUGCCAUCCAACAAGGAGUAAGGAUCCUGGCCAUGAGUUGGGUAUGCUGGAUACUGGCUUGGAGCCCCCUGUGUAUGUGCCUCCACCUUCAUACAGGUCACCCCCGCAGCACAUUCCAAACCCCUACCUUGAAGAUCCCAUUCCCAGGCAUGUGAGCAGCAGCCAGAGCCAGCAGCAGCAACUACCUGAGAAACCUGAGGCCGACUGUCUGCUUCCUUCUGGCUCCCUUGCAGCUAGGGAUCUCUACAAUGCAAUGCCUGGCUCUCCUCCUCCAGGUCCUCCUCCACAUCCUUAUCCCAUUGCCACCCAUGGGGAUUCUAUUCAGUACAUUCCUUUUGAUGACCCACGGAUCCGACAUAUCAAACUAGCUCAGCCCCCAGAGUUCUAUGAAGAGGCAAGGCUCGAGGACACAUCCUACAACUCUGGUUUCAUUGCUACCCAGGAACCAGCUCUUGGGAAAAGACAGUACAAUGAUGCCCUUUCAGCACCACGGGGCCCAAUACUCCCACCAGUCAAUGAGCGGGGGUCUGCCUUCGCCCAUUCCAGUCCCCAGUGGCUGCAGGGCCAGCUCCCCAUGGCCAGUGAACCUGGAGGCUUCCCUGGCCAAACAGAGCAUCAUGGCAUGCGAGGAUUAACAGCUGAUGUGAGAGACAGCAAGGUAGAAAGCCACGCCUCUUCUCCACAGCCACAGAGUGAGGGAACCUGCAGAACCCACACGAAGCUCAGAAAGUUUGAAACUGGGAUUCAGAGCAGGAAAAGUUCAAAGAAAAGUAACGCAACCAUAUUUUGUUUGGUUUCUGUCCCAGUUAAAUCUGAGUCACUUGUGCCAGAUACGGAUACAAACAACAAUGACUUAAAGCUGGGAGCUGAUAAGAACCAUGGGCUGUAUCAGGGUCCAGCCCUGGAGGAGCAGAGUCUGCUGAGUAUGUCUUCCACUGACCUGGAGCUGCAAGCCCUCAUGGGAAGCAUGGCCUGGAGAAGAACAUCCCCAAGGCAAGUUCUGGGGGAGUCAGAAGAUGGCCAAACUGAUGACCCCAGAACCCUCCACCUCAUCAAACCCAGAGAACUCCGGGCUUCCGGCUCAUGGCCAGGACACCAGUACAGAGAUCAGCAGACCCAAACCAGUUUCCCCGAAGACUCCAAAAGCUCACAGCUCCUCCCUGCCACAAAGCCAGGAGAGGCCAGCAAUGCAGCACUGACCCCAACAUGCCCAGAUGACACUGCCUCUGAAGUACACCUGCAUGCGGCCUUAGCAUCCAGUGACCCCAGUCAGAAGCCCAGUGUACCUCACCUCCGCGGGCAAAUGUCCCUCAGCCCAUCUCGAAAUAGUGCUUUCUCAAGGACUUCCUCAACCAUAAACCAGACGUCUAUGCCCAAAGGGGCUUCUGGCCAGCUCCCUAGUGCCAACCCUGUACCCAAGCCAGAGGUGGUGAAGGGGGAGUCCACAGUAGGCCAAUGCAAUAGCACACAACUCUUUGGUCAGUUUCUCUUGAAACCAGUAAGCCGGCGGCCCUGGGAUCUGAUAAGUCAGUUAGAAAGCUUUAACAAGGAGCUUCAGGAAGAGGAAGAAAGCCAUGGUGUUAGCAGUGGGGGCGAUAGUGAAGACAGUGAGGCAGAACAGCCAGAGGACUGUGCUGACUCCAGUGCCAAGACCAGGGGCCACCAGGAAACUAGAAGAGAACAGCGGCCUGCAGAGCUGGCACUGGGGGAAGCAGGGCCCCCAGGAGGAAGACUUGGUGAGUCACAGAGUCGGAGUAAGGAACCCAAACCUGGCCACCCGUGUGCCCGUUCACAGGCUCUGGGGCCAUCACAGGAGGAAGACAGCAGAGGCGUUCCAGUCCAGUGGGGACAUGGAAACCUGUCUGCAGAGCAGAAAAGCCAGGAGGCUUUGAAUGGGAUGUGUGAGCGAGACAUUAGCCCAAGGCCUGUGAGCAGGAUUGCGCCGGUUGACACACAAGCAGCCUCUUUGUUCUGUCUGGCAGAACCGAGAGGAAGUCAAGAACUCACCAAAGUCAACGAUGCUUUAGGGUCUGUGGAGCUGGGCAGAGAGACUCCCAUAAGGGUGGAUAAUGGUGGGGACACCGAGGUCCUACCCUGUGUCCUGCCGCCCCUUGCUGACAGAUGUCGAGGACUCUCAACACCGAACUUUCCAUCUUUAGAGCUCACACUGGGACAAGAACAGCGUGCCUAUAAAUCAGAGUGUCAGGGUCUAGACAACACCGUGGAAGUCCUUCCAAGUGAGUCUCUGCAGGAAAGGGCAGAGAGGAUCCUGGGCAUUGAGGUAGCCGUGGAGUCCCUUCUGCCAGGUGCCAGGAGAACAGAACAGAGCCAGCUCCCCAAGCCUGGUACAAGUGCCUGCAGCCCAAGAUCAUCCAGAGAGGACUCACAGCCCAGCUCGGCAUCCCCAGAGGACCCCACAGUGGCCACUGAUGCUUUCUAUGGCAGGAGGAAGUGUGGCUGGACUGAGAGUCCUCUUUUUGUAGGAGAAAGGGCCCCCCAGGCUGCUGUGUGCUCAGAUGUGGAUGGGUUCCCUACAAGCCAGGCCACCAGUCCUGAGCCUGAGAAAAAGAAAGAGGCGAAACCACCCUUCAAGUCCACUCUGUUCCAUUUCAUGGAAAAGUCCACAAAUGUGGUGGGCCCUGAAAAGAGGCUCAGAAACUCUUCCAACGUAAUCGAGAGCUCACAAGGAAAACUGGUGUCACUCCCUAAGAGGGCAGACUCAGCUCGCUUGGUCAGAAUGAGGGAGGUAAACUCCUUGUCUCAGAUGAGGUGUCUGAGCUCCAAGAGUGCAGACUCCAUGGAGGAGCCGGACCCCUUAAAGGUCAUCAAGAGUUCAGCCUGGCCGUCAGAAGGCCUUACUUCCCCGAGUGGUAAAGAUCAGGCCUGGCAAGCAGAGUACCUGCCCUCUGUCUCUCAAAACGAAAACGGACACCCUGAAGUGAUAAGGGAGAAAAUGUCAGACCAGGACUUGUGGUGUGCAGAUUCCUAUGAUCCUAGCCGAGUAGAGAGGGUGUGACGGCUGCCCGUGGAGCUCCCAGCACCUCGGCUAGCAGAGCGUUCUCUGGUUGAGCCACCUGUCUUGCUCAUGCUGAAGCUGGAAACUGGGGUUUGCAGUGUCCGACUCAUCCUUCGACAGCCAUCCCUACGAUUGUUACGGAGAUAAAGUGGUGGUCUGUGGGCACCGUCUGUCUCUAUAGCAUGGAUAUGUAAUUCAUAUAUUUAGAACAAAGUAUUUACACCAGUUCCCUUCUGGGGCAUAAGGCCAACCUGGCAAAUAGCUUUGUAUAAAUCUGGUGUUAGGUGAAAAAUCAAACACGGAAGCAGUGGGUGAUUCUGAUUGUACCCUGAUCUCAUCCAUUCCCUGCCACAUCUCCCCAGCCCUCGCUCACAUUUAGGAGCGUGGCCCAGGAGUUUGGCCUCGAACAGUGUAAGAGGAAUGUGAAUUAGUACAUACGACCCGUUUUUAUUCCUGAAUCUUAGUAACGUGUGAGCUAACUGCCGUGAAACUCACAAUGGCUCCUCGGUGUUCAGAAGGGUCACACUCGCUGUCACUCCCCCUCGAGGUGAUGCCUUGGCAUCGGGGCAGACGUGCUGCGCUCUGCUUUGCACUCAGUCUCCAUAGGUUUACCUUCUGUGUGAAUGUUUAGAAUUCUCUCUAUGAAAAAUGAUGGCUGGUUUAAAAUAGACCAUGGUAACAAAGUAACUUUAUUGCUUUUUAUAAAAUUGCUAUUUUUCUAUGAUGUAUAAACAGUUCUUAGGUGGCAGAUUUUUAAGGAAGUGCUAUUUUAUUUAAGAGUCUAUCCCUGUGUGUGUGAGGGACCCAAGAGGGCCCACCCUGGCUCUAAAGCCUUUAUCCCGGCUCCAACUUCAGCUCUGCUCCUUUUCACAGUGUCAUCGAAAACCAAUCACAUGUUCAUUAAUUCUCAUAAAGAUGUUUGCACAGGCAGAGCUGCAAGAUUACAUUAGAAGAUACCAUUCUCAAAAUCAGCCCACAACUUCAUGGUCACCUUGCAGCCGUGCCCACUAGACUUGCCAAACCCCAUCCUUUCAUCUUUGUAUUCCUGUGGGGAAUUUGCCCUAAGAAGAGACUGUUCUCCUGCCUACCUACCGCCUUGCUCCUUUAAAGAAACAUAUAUUUUUGUCUAGAAUGACCUGAUUAAUUAAUCUUGCAUAUUCUGAAAAGUGCUUGGGAACCGUACACAGGUGGCAUACUGUGUGAGCAUACACCAUGACAGACGUAUAAAGAGGCCUAUGGUUCCACUCUUGCAUUUGCCUGCAUAGUUCGUGAAUUUUGUGCCAUUUCACCCUUCUGCCUGAGGAAGGUAUUCUUGUUAGCUGACAUUUUCCAAAGCCUUUGUCCCCUUUCUUCCCCUCUUACCUAUCUCCCUGUCCUCCCCACCACCACCCCAUCCUUGCCUCUCUAUCUCUAUUAGUUUUUUGGGACAUUUAGUUAACCUGUUUUCGGGCAUGCCAAGUUUCUGCAGUGUGAGCCCAUGGCUGGUCAGUCCUCUGGUCCUAAGCUCAAACAGGACUUUGACAGUCUCUUAUGUACACCAUAUCAUUUUAUUACCUAAGAACCUCACAUGCACUGACUGGACAACACAAAGCAGAGUCCAAGUAGCCUCGGCACACCUUCCCAGAUGCACACAUCUGCAGUCUUCCUGACACACCAUCCGAGACGCACACAUCUGCAGUCUUGGUUUGCACCUAUUUCUCAUGGUCGCCCUUGUCCAGAGCUUGGCUCUCAUGGGAAGGGGUGUGGCCUGUAGAUCUCCCUGGGGCAGCGGGUAAGCAGGCUGGUGGUCUGCAAUGGUGGUUGAAUCAUCUGCUAGGGGCAAGUGAAGGCUAAGUUAUACUGGACUCUGUGGGGCUGCACUUCCCUCCUUAAAAGAAAAAAGUGAAAGCAGCCGUUUGCAUGUGUACACAUGUGUACACAUGUGAAGACCUCAGUGCAUACCUGUGUACCCGUGUACAUGCUGUAAUGACCUCUGUCAAGUAACCUGAUACCAUCUAAAGACUGUGAGAGAGAGAAGGAUCCUGAAGGAAAACUGUCGUGCCUUACGUAUCUCAGUCUGAAACAAGCUGUGUUUCCGUAUUGUCUUGUUUGAAAUUGCUUUAUACUUUCCUGCAGCUGGUCAGUCACGUAAUGAACAUUAUAAUUUAACCCUAGUUUUUCCCAUAUUCAAGCCCAUGAGCAAAUGUUUGGGAAAGAAGUGGUAAUGUUAAACUUAGAAACUUGAAAUUUUGACCUGUAACUUUUUAUACUUCUAGGUAAUGUAUAUCCGACCAAAAACCAUUUUGCCAAGGUCUUAAGGUCAAUACUAACCAACAUUCUGUAUGUAAAUUUCGUGUGUGCCCUAACCACCAUUCCAUAUGUUAAUUUCAUGUGUGCCCGUGGCUUUUUGGUAGAAAAAGAUUUCCACAUUCUGUAUUUGUAAUUAUUUUUCUCAUUACAUAUGUUGGUUUGGUAUUCAAUAAUUUGGAGUUUGUAAAAUUUAAAGUUCUAAUUUCAACCAUUUGAACUAAAAAGUACAGGAGGAAUUAUGCCUGUGGUUGUUUUGGAACAUACAGACAUGAUGGGGAAGUGGUUUCUUUGGCUUCUUUAGGGGAAAUUGCCUGAAGGACUGUAAACGAGGUAUCUUACUUAUUCUUACAAAUACUUACAGUUGUGUUUCUGUAAGCCCCAGGAACCCUCUAAAGAUGCAACCAGCCCCUACAAGGGACCACCAGAAGUAUUUCCAUAAUUAUAAACACUUAUUUCCUUUAUUAAUAAAGACCCUGAAUGUGCAUCA